CUUACGAUAGCAACAACACAUAUAGAUUUCUCUCUUUAGCUGCAAAGCAGACAUGGUUGCAACUCCGAAGCCUGCCGCUCACGCGGAUGACGACUUUGUGCCACCCAGCUUUCCGCAAGCGCACCUGCUGUGGCACAUCUGCUGUGGCACAUCGCGAAAAAGGGAUUCCAGGCCGGAAGCUUCGGCGGCGUGGCUGUGUCGGGCGCUGUGGCGCUGGCGGAGCGGGGUGCUGAAGGCCGAUUCCCAGCAGUGGUGGCGGUUGUGGGAGCAGUGGUGGCACGUUGGCCACUGCCGCUCCUGUCAUGAACACGCCUGGUCCUGGCGCACCCCUCUGCCAGCGCUUUGACACGCCCACCACAGCGGUGGCUGGGAGCUCGGCAAAUGGCAUCAGGCUCCCCAGUAUGGCGCCGGUGUUGGCGCCCAACAGCUCGGGCCCCAGUGUGCCCACCGGCGCGGCGGGUGUCAAACGGCCGGCUGCAGAGCAGGAGCAGGGGCAGGGGCAGGUCCCAGCUGCCAAGCGGCGGGAGCUGCAGGGGUAGCGGCGGUGGCCUGAACAGCGGGGGUCAGGGGUUUCGAGGCGCUUGGUGGAGGCUCGGGGCCCUGGUAGUAGGUGUGCGCGGGGUCCAGGUUCAGGGUUUUCGAGUGCAGGUGCAGGCGCAGGUGCAGGCGCCGGGCUUUGGUGGUAGGUGCGCAGGUUCAGGUUUAGGUGCGCAGGGUCCAGGUUCAGGGCCUGGCGGUCUUCAGGGUUUCGAGCGCCUGGACGCGCAGGGGUCAGGGGUUUCGAGGCGCUUGGUGGAGGCUCGGGGCCCUGGUAGUAGGUGUGCGCGGGGUCCAGGUUCAGGGCUUUCGAGUGCAGGUGCAGGCGCAGGUGCAGGCGCCGGGCUUUGGUGGUAGGUGCGCAGGUUCAGGUUUAGGUGCGCAGGGUCCAGGUUCAGGGCCUGGCGGUCUUCAGGGUUUCGAGCGCCUGGACGCGCAGGGGUCAGGGGUUUCGAGGCGCUUGGUGCAGGCUCGGGGCCCUGGUAGUAGGUGUGCGCGGGGUCCAGGUUCAGGGCUUUCGAGUGCAGGUGCAGGCGCAGGUGCAGGCGCAGGUGCAGGCGCCGGGCUUUGGUGGUGGUCGCGCCCCGGCAGGUGGUCUUGGCCUGUCAUCUGGUGUAAGGCCCGCUGGUCAGGUUGAGCCCUGCUGCGUGUCGUGGGUUUUGGGCGGGGAUACAGGGGCACAGGGUCAGCCGGGCCAAGGUUCAGAGUUGGAGGGUGCAGGGUACAGACUUGGAGUCAGGGCUCGGGGUCAGUGUCUCAGGGCCACAGAGUAUAGGGUUCAGGGUCAGGGUCAGGGUCAGGGUCAGGGUCAGGGUCUUAGGGCCUCAGAGUAUAGGGUUCAGGUUCAGGGUUCAGGUUCAGGUUCAGGGUUCAGGUUCAGGUUCAGGGUUCAGGUUCAGGUUCAGGUUCAGGUUCAGGGUUCAGGUUCAGGUUCAGGUUCAGGUUCAGGUUCAGGGUCAGGUUCAGGUUCAGGUUCAGGUUCAGGUUCAGGUUCACGGUUCAGGUUCAGGUUCAGGUUCAGCGUCAUGGCCAGUCCAGCCAGGGACAGAUACAGGGACAGAGGUGCAGGGACAGCGUCAGGGACAGAUAGGUACAGGGUUACAAGGGUGACAGGUGACAGGGUAACAGGGGUCGACGGGGUUAUGGAUGCGCGAUGGGGUUCAGGGUGCGGUCCAGUGCCAGAAGGUCACUGGUCAAGUGUUACAGGGUCAAGACUGGUCACAGGCGACAGGGCCACAGAGUACCACAGAGGGGUC